AUGCGACGUCCACAGCCACCAAAGGCGGCGUCCACAGCCACCAAAGGCGGCGUCCAGAGCCACCAAAGGCGGCGUCCACAGCCACCAAAGGCGGCGUCCACAGCCACCAAAGGCGGCGUCCACAGCCACCAAAGGCGGCGUCCACAGCCACCAAAGGCGGCGUCCACAGCCACCAAAGGCGGCGUCCACAGCCACCAAAGGCGGCGUCCAGAGCCACCAAAUGCGGCGUCCACAGCCACCAAAGGCGGCGUCCAGAGCCACCAAAUGCGGCGUCCACAGCCACCAAAGGCGGCGUCCAGAGCCACCAAAGGCAGCGUCCAGAGCCACCAAAUGCGGCGUCCACAGCCACCAAAGGCGGCGUCCAGAGCCACCAAAGGCGGCGUCCAGAGCCACCAAAGGCAGCGUCCAGAGCCACCAAAUGCGGCGUCCAGAGCCACCAAAUGCGGCGUCCAGAGCCACCAAAUGCGGCGUCCAGAGCCACCAAAGGCAGCGUCCAGAGCCACCAAAGGCAGCGUCCAGAGCCACCAAAGGCAGCGUCCAGAGCCACCAAAGGCGGCGUCCAGAGUCACCAAAUGCGGCGUCCAGAGCCACCAAAGGCAGCGUCCAGAGCCACCAAAGGCGGCGUCCAGAGCCACCAAAGGCAGCGUCCACAGCCACCAAAGGCGGCGUCCACAGCCACCAGGCGACGUCAACAGCCACCAGGCGACGUCAACAGCCACCAGGCGGCGUCCACAGCCACCAGGCGACGUCAACAGCCACCAGGCGACGUCAACAGCCACCAGGCGACGUCAUCAGCCACCAGGCGACGUCAACAGCCACCAGGCGACGUCCACAGCCACCAAAGGCGGCGUCCACAGCCACCAGGCGGCGUCCACAGCCACCAGGCGACGUCAACAGCCACCAGGCGACGUCAACAGCCACCAGGCGACGUCAACAGCCACCAGGCGACGUCAACAGCCACCAGGCGACGUCAACAGCCACCAGGCGACGUCAACAGCCACCAGGCGACGUCAACAGCCACCAGGCGACGUCCACAGCCAGUACAACUGCACCAGCAGCGCCACAGAAGACUCAGAACCUCCAAAACAUUAUUCCAAUCGACAAAGAAACGACAUUAUUGGAUUUUUUCAGUGA